AUGGAUUCCGACUCCGAUUCCGACGGCUCUCAUAUCUCUGCCACACCGCCGCGUCACUCACCACCUCCGUCACCUACGCCUCCUCUGCCGGCAGUGCCACCACCGCGACCCACCUGUCUAUCUACCACCCGAUCAAGAACCAAAAUUAAAGCCGCCGACCCCACCACUUCCCGGCCCGUUUUAAAACUCAAACUCUCCACCAAAAACUUAAAACCCAUUACAGAACCCGACCCAAAACCUCCCAUAAUAGACUCAUUUCGAAGCCAUCCCCAGAUCCCUCCACCAAAUUUCUCCAAUUUACCUUUUCAAAUCCAUACUUCAACACACCACCAAAAUUAUCAUAAUGCCUCUUAUACUCUUUUACCCGGCAGCCAUCGCUUGUCGAAAUUCGCAUCUUUUUCCAAUAAAUCCCAGAAUAAAAAUCUCAUUUUUGAGCCCAGUGAAAAGGAUUUUCCAAUUGAUACUAAAAGUGAAAUUCAUGUGCAAAAUGCUGACCUGCGAGAAGUGAAAAAUGAAGCUGUUAGCAAAGGAAUUUCUUCCGAGAAGGUGAGGAAACAUCUUAAUUUGAUUGGUUUUAAUGUUUCUUCCACAAUGAAUGUGAACAAGCCUAAACGUGUUAGUGAAGGUAAUUUUGUGAAGCUUAAUAUAAAUGGCUAUGGGAGGAAAAAGUUUGCCUUUAAGAAUAAAAGAAAAAGCUUUAGUGCAUAUAGUGGGCGGAGAAAAUUUUCAAGAUAUUUUAAAAAGAAAUUGAGAGUUGGAAAUGAAGGAAACGAAAGUGGUGAGAUUCUUGAUGGAGAGGGUUUGGUUUUGGAGAUUGGAGAGAGAGAGGAAAGUAUGAAUUUUGAUAGUGAAUCGAUUGAGGAGGCUGUAAUAAGUGUAAGAAACGAGGCCUCCGAUGGAAAUUUGGAGAAGUUAUUAAAGUUCACACAUGGGUAUAAUUCAUUUAGGAAUGGUCAGUUGGAGGCAAUAAAGAUGGUGCUCUCUGGGAAAUCGACAAUGUUGGUUUUGCCAACCGGUUCCGGCAAGUCGCUGUGUUAUCAGUUGCCUGCAUUGAUCUUCCCGGGAGUCACCCUUGUGGUGAGUCCUUUAGUGGCUUUGAUGAUCGAUCAACUUAAGCAGCUGCCUCCUUCAAUUCCGGGUGGUCUUUUGUGUAGCAGCCAGACGCCCGAGGAGGCUGCAAAAACCCUCCGGUUACUACAAGAAGGGGCAAUAAAGGUUCUUUUUGUUUCACCAGAGAGGUUCAUGAAUGCAGAAUUCCUAUCCAUAUUUUCUGGCAGUCAACUGGUAUCUCUCGUGGUUGUUGAUGAAGCACACUGUGUUUCUGAAUGGUCACAUAAUUUUCGACCUUCGUAUAUGAGGCUUAGAGCCUCCUUGCUACGUGGGAAGCUUAAUGCUGGUUGCAUUCUAGCUAUGACUGCAACUGCAACAACCAAAACUUUGCGUGACAUAAUGCACUCUUUAGAGAUUACUCCCACAAAUCUCAUCCAGUCAGCCCAAUUAAGGGAUAAUCUGCAUUUAUCGGUGUCUAUGAGCAGGAAUAGGAUGAAAGAUUUGGUGGCAUUGCUCAAGUCUUCUCCUUUUUUGGAUAUCAAAAGCCUCAUUAUUUACUGUAAAUUUCAGUCUGAAACUGACAUGAUAAGCAAAUAUCUAUGUGAUAACAACAUCUCAGCUAAGAGUUACCACAGUGCCAUUCCUGCUAAAGAUAGGAACCGCAUUCAGGAAUUGUUUUGUUCUAAUAGGAUAAGAGUGGUGGUUGCAACUGUGGCAUUUGGCAUGGGACUUGACAAAAGUGAUGUUGGAGCUGUAAUUCACUAUAGCUUACCCGAAAGUUUGGAAGAGUAUGUACAGGAGAUAGGUCGUGCUGGACGUGAUGGUAGAUUUUCUUAUUGCCAUAUGCUUUUUGAUGAUGUCACAUACUUCAAGCUUCGGAGUUUGAUGUACAGUGAUGGCGUAGAUGCAUAUGCUGUAAAUUUGUUACUCUCUCAUGUUUUUAUGAGCAACAGAAGUGCAGCCAAUGAUACUUGUUCGUUAGUCAAAGAAACAGCAUCUCGUAAAUUUGACAUGAAAGAAGAGGUGAUGCUAACUAUUUUGACACAGUUGGAGUUGGGUGAAGUGCAAUACCUUCAAUUGCUUCCCCAGAUAAAUGUAACAUGUACUAUAAAUUUCCAUAAGACUUCGCCAGCAUUUUUUGCGGCUAAAGAUAAUGUGGUUGCAGCAAUUCUGAAGAAGUCUGAAAUGAAAGAUGGACAAUAUGUAUUUGACAUACCAUCUGUGGCAAAUAGCAUCAGAAUGCAGGCUAUUGACCUUACAAAUCACUUGCAGAGUCUAAAGUUGAAGGGGGAAAUCACAUAUGAUUUGAAGGAUCCAGCCUAUUGUUAUACCAUUAUUAAUGUCCCAGAAGAUAUCUGUUCUUUGGCAACAAGCCUUACAAAGUGGUUAUCGGAGAUCGAGACCUGUAAGGUGCGGAAGAUAGAUGCAAUGUUUAAUGCUGCCGUUUUUGCUGCAAAAGUGUGUGAUAAAGUGCACAGCUGCCAAGAAAACCAACAUACUUCUUGCUUGCAAAGGAAGAUUCAAGAGUACUUUAACGGGGAUGAUGAUGUUGAUGUUCCUAAUCAGAUGGGUCAAAACAGUCCAUUUUUGCGGGCUGAUAUAAAGGUCUUUCUUCAGAGUAAUUCACAAGCGAAAUUUACCCCCCGAGCAAUUGCGAGGAUACUGCAUGGACUUGCUAGCCCGGCCUUUCCUGCUGCUGUUUGGUCAAGAACUCAUUUUUGGGGAAGGUAUCAACAGAUAGACUUUAAAGUAGUAAUGGAAGCGGCAAAGGGAGAGCUCAUUAGUAUGGGAGCAGACAAUAUUGUGCGAUUACAAUCGGCUAAUCAUGUGCAUGCAAUGCUGCUCGUGGGACUUUCGCUGCUAAAGUUCUCACAUCUCGAAUCGUAUUGGCUAAUCCUUUUUGCUAUGCUCCACCAACCGGACAUUGAGGACCUUGUGAUGAAUGUUGGAGCUGCACUAGCAGUUGCUACCUCUGCUGGUGGAGCUAGUGCUGUUGCUAGUUACGAGAAAACGAGAGCCCAAGAGAAAGGGAGAAGAUGGCAGCCCAGCGAAAUGGAGAAGACGAAGGAGAUGAUGAUAUGA